UAAAUUUCCACUGAGUCAUAGGGGACUUUGAGCAGGAAACUUUAAGCACCAGCCUUGCAGUUGUAACUUUCACUUCCUGCUGCAUUUGCUUGCCUAACCUUCAAUGGAGAGGAAACCAUACGCGUAAUAAGGUCGACCCAGCAGGUGGCGGUAACCCACCUUGAGCACGUUUGAGAGCCAAUGAACUUAUAGGGAGGGAAAAAAAGCGCAUUCUGGAGCUCGUUGAGCGCAAGGCAGGGAGUGAAAGCGGAGCUGUGGAGGAAGAUAAUCACGGCUAACUUCAGACAGGACGACAGCAUUCAUUAGAAACACCCGCUGUAAAUUGAGUGGAACAACAAGCUGUGGCUACACUGCCUGACCUUGGUAUGAAAAAUGGCCAUAAUCCUGCGAUUGGAAGGCCUCGAUGUGAAAGCAAACACUGGAGAUAUACGCUCGUUCUUUAAGUGCUUUCACAUACCUGAUGGUGGAGUGUACAUUGUUGGAGGGAGACUCAGAGAGGCUUUUAUUGCAUUCACAUCGGAGAGAGAUGGCCAGCUUGCCAUGCGGCAAACGGGCCAGCCCCUCAAGGGGUCUCAGGUAACUCUACACAUAAGUAGCAUGGAAGAGCUGGAGCACAAGUUGAAGGCAUUCUUGAAGAGAAGUAAACCCUCCCCCUCCCAGCCCGCCGUGAAGAGACCUCGGCCGUCCUCUAAUGUAAAUGUGGAACCUGUGAAUGCAGAGCCUCGGAGCCCCCCUGCUGCCAAACCACCACCUACUACUACAUCAAAACUUGAUCCCAGAACUGCAAAUCUUCCACAGCCUCGCCAACCAGAUACUUCAAAUCUACAGUCUUCAAAUGCCAUGGAUUCCAGCACUGCCUUUCUUCUUGGGAUUUGUACUGUCCUUCAAGGCCUCCAGUCAUCCCAUUGUGGAGAAAACAAUGAGCCGGUGCUGAGGGUUACUUUUCCAAAGACUCACAGCACAGUUGUGUCCAACGGGGUGAGGACACCGGAGGAACCUCUGAACUCAAAGCCAGGCUAUGUCAGGCUCUUCGGUCUUCCAGCCUCAGCUACAAAAGAGGUCAUCUGCCAUUUUUUCAAAGGGUUGACAGUGCAAGAAGCCAUAGUGAAUGUGAAGUUGGGAAUCUCCCACGGCUGCCUUGUUAAGUUUGCAAGCGAGCAGGAAGCUUGUGAAGCUCUUCUCUUUAACCAACGGUCACUGGACCAGAUCUGUGUGGAGGUACGCGGAGCAACUGAGAAGAUGUGGACCAGUGCAAUUCAAGAAUGUGAAAAUGCUUUCAAUCAUGGAGAGAGAGUCAAACUCAAGCAAAGCCCUCUUAGGGAAACUGCAAACCACAAACAAAACCCUGCUGCACAGCAGGUUAAGAGGCAAACUGUGAACCGGUCGCUAUCUAAACCACCCAAAAGACCUGAUGUGGCCUCAACAACUGCUCUAUCACCAACUAUGGAGUACACCCUUAAGGUCAGUAAUCUCCCCAAAACGUUGAUGAAGACCGAUAUAAAAGAAUUACUUGGAUGUCCAAACAUUGCACACAAAAACGUGAUACAUCUGCUUGACAAGGAAGGCAACAAAACAGACACCACUUUUGUUAUUCUUAAUCGCACUGAGGAUUACGAAUAUGCACUAAAUCUAUCUGGCUGCCAUGUGGGUUCUGAUUCCAUUGAGAUCUCUUCAGUGACCAAGACAAUGAUGAGGGACAUUAUGGCCAGGACCAAGCCCAGAAGUCUGGAGCAAGACACAAAGAAGAGACCAAAUCAGAAGAGAAAAUUUGAUCUAGUUGAGACACCAGAGGAAGCACAAAUCAUGGACACAGACCCGACAGCUCAGACCUGCCUGUUUGUUAGAAACAUGCCCGCAGAUGUACAGAAAAGUCAAAUAACAACCCUUUUCCACAAAUUUGGAGUCAAGAAGGGUAACGUCGUCUUACUGCACGACAGUAAUGGCAAAGGUAUUGGUGAGGCCGUGGUUCAGUUUAAAUCACAGAAGCUUGCUGCACUGGCUCAAAGGCUCCAUGGUCGGGAGUUCCUGGGAACAAAAGUGCUUCUUACCCACAUAAAUAUGAAGCAGAUGGACGACAUCUUGACAAGAAAUUUUUGAAGAAGCGGGAUGCAGACACCUUGGCUAAAGACUGAUUCAGAAAUCUUAAUUUUCCAAACAUGUUUCUCUAAACCUUCAUUCUGCUCAAUUAUCAAGCAUUCUCUACUGGUUAAAAGGUUUUCAUAAUACUCAGUUACUUUCAAAUAUAUAUCAUUCCCGCUGAAUGCUCUGUACAGUUUAAAAUAAAUGAUGUGACACCGUU